AUGGCUCUCAAGGUCCAAGACCUCCACUUCAAGCUGGUGUAUGAACCUGGCCCUACCAACCCAGCAGACGUCUUGAGUCGUCACCCUCAGCCACAUCCUCCCCUGCCGAAUGUUGGUGAGGAGGAGGACACCGCCUAUAUCAAUGCCAUCGCGCAGUCCUCUGUUCCCAACCCCCUCCUCUUGUCCGACAUCCAAGGUGCAACUCGAGCAGACUCAACGCUCCAGGCCGUGCUGCUGUCACUGCAGACGGGCAUGUGGGACGACAAGGCAGUGGACAUCCGCCCUUUCUACACGCAAAGGCAUGAACUCUCCGCCGCCGACGGUCUCCUGCUCAAGGACCAUCAUCUGGUGAUUCCACUGUCUCUCCGAGAGCGGACACUUCAACUGGCCCACUCCGGCCACCAAGGCAUGACACGGACCAAGCAACGACUGUACACGAAAGUCUGGUGGCCUGGCAUGACGUCCGCUGCGGAAUCCCUCUGCCGCCAAUGCCUCUCCUGUCAGGCAAACACGCCAACAGGCCCAUACAGGCCGGAAUCCACACCGACCCCACCAUCGACGGCGCCAUGGCAACGGGUGUUUGUCGACCUGUAUGGCCCCUUGCCAGGCGGAAGCACACUCUUGGUUGUGGUGGACCAACUGAGUCGCUACCCAGUCACUCACGUGUUCAACUCCACUCCCGCUACAGCUGGCGUACUUGCAGUGCUCCGCAGUGCGUUCGCAGCAUUCGGCCUGCCAGAAGAAGUGGUCUCUGACAACGGCCCCCAGUUCCGCUCGGCGGAGUUCAACCGUUUCCUGGCCCAGAUGGGCAUCGCUCACAGUUGCACGCCUCCUCUCUGGCCCCAAGCCAAUGGUGCAGUGGAGCGGAUGAACCGCACGAUCGGCAAGGUCCUCCGUGCUGCCCAACUGGAUGGCCGAGAUUUGCGUGCUGCACUUGACGAGUGGCUACUCGCAUACCGCACCACUCCCCACCCCGCCACAGGCCUGCCGCCAGCUACCAUCAUGUUCGGCCGCAGCAUCCGGGACACUCUCCCCAGCCUGUGCACGGCCCCAGCACCAGAUGCGACCGUCACGGCGAACAAGGAGCAUGCGUUCCGCGCCCGCCAAUGCGAGGCGGCAAACCAGCAUCGCAGUGCGCAACCGGCUUCGACCAUCACCCUCUAG